AUGGGUGCUGGAGCUUUUAUAGAGCCACUCGUGGUAGUGACGCUGCUGUUCGGAGGCACAUGGGUCAACCGGAACACUCGGUAUCGUAUAUUUGACCGCCAGCGACGCAGUCAGAGAUCCUCCCGCUCGUCUUCCCCAGAUUCCAUUGAAUCCGGAAGCUCCAGUCCGCGCUCGAGCGCCUCACUGCUUGACGACAAUCGCGCUUCUUCGCCUUCGCUAUUCACGCCCCAGGAACCAAAAUGGAGGAAAAGAGAGAUACGGAUACUUGGGUUUAGGAAGGAAGUCGUGUCGCCAAAUACAAAGAGAUUUCAGAGAUAUUUUCUGAGCCGGUUGCUAAAGAAGUUUCCGUUUUUAGUUGAGGCGUGGUAUUGGGCGUUGAUAUAUUGGGUAUACCAAUUAGGCCGCGCCUUCACCGCCGUAACCCUCGUCGAAGGCACCGUAAAUGUCGCCCGUAACCAUGCUCUCCAACUCAUUCACCUCGAGCAAUCCCUUCACAUCUUCCACGAACUGCCCAUCCAACACUGGUUCCUCAAACACCCGUUCCUCAUACACUGGACCAACCGCAUUUACUCAUUCAUCCACAUCCCCGGCACUAUCCUCUUCCUCGUCUGGCUAUACUACUACACCACCGCCGGCAACCGUCUUAACCUCCCCCUCCCCAACAAACUCAUCGAAGAACCCGGCGGCUCGCUCGCAGGACCAAAACUUUACGCCGCCCGCCGCCGCACAAUGGCCGUCUGCAACCUCCUCGCCUUUAUUGUCUUCACGCUCUGGCCAUGCAUGCCACCACGCCUACUCUCCGACCCCGACGUUGAAGGCCCAAUUGGUAAAGAAGCGCGCUCCUACGGCUUCGUCGACACCGUGCACGGCGCCACGGGCGAAAGCUCUGUAUGGACACAGAACAAAUUCUGUAACCAAUACGCCGCGAUGCCAUCUCUUCACUUCGGAUACUCGCUCCUCAUCGGCCUAACGAUCUGCAUGAUCCCGCUUUCGCCGCGGCAUCGUCGCCCCCGCACAUUUUCCUCCCGGAUCCCGUUCACGCGAUCCCGCAGUCUAAGACUCAGACUCCCGUGUCCGCGCAGAUUGCUGUGUUUGAUCCUCGGUAUUGCAUACCCGACGAUCAUCCUCGUUGCGAUUAUAGCGACAGCGAAUCAUUUUAUUCUGGAUGCUGUGGCGGGCGCGAUGGUGUGUGGGGUUGCGUGGAUGGGGAAUAGGGUGCUCUUAAAUCUGUUACCUUUGGAGGAUUAUUUCCUGCUGUUGGUGAGGAUUCAUAAGCCGGAACGGAGUACGGGGGACAUUGAGGGGGAUUUUGAGGAUGACGGGUGGGGAGACGUUGUGAAAGGGUCGGUUGUAAAUUAAGUACUCGCGUGGUUGGAAGACGGGAUGUGAAUUGAAGGAUUAAUGAUGAGUGCAAUAGUUCGGUGUUGGGAGCGUGUUUCGCUUUUUGAAGCGAGUUUCGCUUUUGGAGCGAGCAUUCUGCCUGGUCCUAAGUGUGCGGGGUUCUUGGGGUUGGGAUUGGGGCGGAUGGAGCGUCUACGAAAUGAGCGACGCUUUAAUGAUUAUGUGGGGGUUGUCGGAACUAGGCACAGGCUUAUGAUUUGAGCAGGGUAGAGAUGGGGGGGAGGGACGAGAAAAUGAGAGGAGAGGAAAGACAGACAUCGGGUCGGUCGGUUGAGAU